GAGAUAAGAAAAGUGUGGGCAAGACCAUAUCAGCCGACUACGAAGGGGUGCGAUUACUGUGUUACUCAACCUUUUUGUGACGCACCGAUUUGAGCACCUUGUGUGAUUGAAGGCUCUGAAGAGCAGGCCGAGGUCGGGAAGAGUACUUGCGCGCCUUGCUUCCCGUUAAUGAGCGAAGGCGCUGAGCUGGGACAGCCAAUCUGAAUCUCCCUAUAAGAUGGUGUAGCUCUGCAUCUUGUCACGUGAUUUUGGUUUCAAGAUGGCGGCGGCGGCGGUGGCAUCUGGGUUGGCGACUGAGGCGGAUGAGUUCGAGGACGCCCCUGACGUGGAGCCGCUGGAGCCGACACUGAGCAACAUCAUCGAGCAGCGGAGCCUGAAAUGGAUUUUCGUCGGAGGGAAGGGUGGCGUUGGCAAGACCACCUGCAGCUGCAGCCUAGCUGUACAGCUGUCCAAAGUGCGGGAGAGUGUCCUCAUCAUCUCCACCGAUCCUGCUCAUAACAUAUCAGAUGCUUUCGACCAGAAAUUUUCAAAAGUCCCCACCAAAGUAAAGGGCUAUGAUAACCUUUUUGCCAUGGAGAUUGAUCCCAGCCUAGGUGUGGCUGAACUUCCAGAUGAGUUCUUUGAGGAGGAUAACAUGCUGAGUAUGGGCAAGAAGAUGAUGCAAGAGGCUAUGAGUGCCUUUCCUGGCAUUGAUGAGGCCAUGAGCUACGCGGAAGUUAUGCGGUUGGUGAAAGGGAUGAAUUUCUCCGUGGUAGUGUUUGACACAGCACCCACUGGGCACACACUACGGUUGCUCAAUUUCCCCACCAUCGUGGAGCGGGGGCUAGGCCGUUUGAUGCAGAUAAAGAACCAGAUCAGUCCCUUCAUAUCACAGAUGUGCAACAUGCUUGGCCUGGGAGACAUGAAUGCUGACCAGCUGGCCUCCAAGCUGGAGGAGACCCUCCCUGUCAUCCGCUCAGUCAGUGAGCAGUUCAAGGAUCCGGAACAAACAACAUUCAUCUGUGUUUGUAUUGCCGAGUUCCUGUCCCUGUAUGAAACGGAGCGGCUCAUCCAGGAGUUGGCCAAGUGCAAGAUCGACACCCACAAUAUCAUAGUCAAUCAGUUGGUCUUCCCUGACCCAGAGAAGCCCUGCAAGAUGUGUGAGGCCCGGCACAAAAUCCAGUCCAAAUACCUUGACCAGAUGGAAGACCUCUAUGAAGACUUUCACAUUGUAAAGCUGCCACUCUUGCCCCAUGAAGUGCGAGGGGCUGAUAAAGUCAACACCUUUUCAAGUCUGCUACUGGAGCCCUACAAGCCACCCAGUGCAAAAUGAAACCCCUAUGGACUGACUCCCACUGAUUUCCCCUCUGUACCAUUCCAUGCUUUCCCACCCCUUAUCUGCUGGAACUCCUCCCCUUCCAGCAGCCUCUCUUCUAUAGAAAUUGUGUGGUUGAGAGGCUUGUGGUGGGGUUGGAAGAGGCAGAAUUUGGUGUUCCCACUUGUUUCUGCCCUAAUCCUGUUACUUAACAUCUUGGAACAUCCCAAAAGUGAUCUACACCUUACAUCCCUUCUCCUCACUUAAUCAGCUAGCUAAUUUAAACUUGGGUCACUUUUUGUUUCUCUUCCACUCUUGACUUCUCCCUGAAUCAUGUCUCCUGGGGCUGAUGCCAUUCUGGCUGAAGUCCUAAGUCAGGUGCUGUGAUGACACAGAGACUGUCGUUUUUGCAACAACCAAGGCCAUCCAUGCUAAUGGGAAGUAUGUAAAUAAACUGUAAGGGAAAUUA